AUGGGUCGCGCUAUCUUGGAAAGUGUGAAGGAAUGCGACUGAUUGAGAGGUUCCCUUUGCGUUAAUAUCCCGCGAAAUGCUCUAUUAAUGGUAUAUCAAAAAGAAAACUUCUAGCCGAACACUGUUCUCUUGAAAGUAAAUAUGGGAUGCGGCACCUCCAGGUUCACGGUGGUCGAGCCCAUGAGAUCAAGCGAGUUGGACGGAGGAGAGGAUGACACAGUGAGUAAACAAGGCUGUAGGGGCGACUCUGCAGUGUCAAAGUUAACCACAGACAGUGGAGUGGUCCUGGACACUGGUGAGGUUCCCACCUUACUGGGGGCUGUACCCAGGAAACUAUCACCACUGGCAGCCCACAUUCCUGGCCUGGCCCAGGAGAGUGGUGAGAGACCCAGGUCCAGUGAGAUCCUGGAACAGCUUCUGAGCCAAGGCAUCAUCGCCCAGCCCAGGGAGAGGGCCAGCGGCGAGGCAUACAACAUCAUGAUUGAUGACAGAGAGACACCCAAACGUCGGCCUACCCCUCACCUGGAGUCUCUGAAGGGCAAGAGGGACCAGUCUGUCACCAUCCAAGUGGACAUGGAGGAGAGGAUGAGACAGACGGAGGAGGAACGGAAGGAGGAGCUGAACGUGAACCUGAUGCCUAAAUCAGCUGGUGUCCAUGACCCAGAAGCUGCAUUAAUAACCGGAGAGGGGGACGUAGUCAGCCCUGUGGAGGUCCUCCACGCCCCUGAUGCCCCUGAGACCCCACCCAGCCCAAGAGGGAUCCAGCAGGAGCCACUGGAUCCAGAUCCAACUCAGACUCAAGGAGGAGGGAGUGGAGGGGUCAGGGAGGACGGGGGAGAGGGAGUCAUAAGUGGGCUCAGUGGGCAGCUUCUCUCAGCCUCUCUUGAGAUGGAGAAUGACUCCACAUUUCAACAGACUGAACAAGCUGAGGAGCAAUUCUAG